UCAACUACAUUCAGAUGUUUCUGUUUUAUUGGUUAUGAAGCAAAAGCCAUGUCUCUGCUUUCUUGUCUGAAACAUUAGCACGCUGCAUCCCCAUCAAAGAACAACAUGAACACUAGAACAGUGUCAUUACACAUCCUGUUUUUGUUUCUUCUGCUUCAUUUGAUUGAUUCUUUGGACACCCUUGCCCUAAACGAUACCCUGAGAGAUGGUGAUGUCUUAAUCUCCCGAGGAAGAAAAUUUGCUCUCGGUUUCUUCAGCCCAGGUAAUUCAAGCUUGCGUUACGUGGGGAUUUGGUACUAUGGACUACCGAAGCGAACCGUCGUUUGGGUUGCUAACAGAGAGAAUCCAGUGAAUGAUACUUCAGGAGUCCUUGCGUUUGAGCAUGAUGGAAACCUGGUGAUCCGUGAAAACAAUGGGAGCUUUCCCAUUUGGUCAAGUAUUGUUUCCUCCACGACUUUGAAUGGUUCUACCACUGCCCAGCUUUUGGAUUCAGGUAAUCUGGUUUUGAAUCAUGAUUUGAGCAAAGAAGUUAUUUGGCAGAGCUUUGAUUAUCCCACAGAUACCUUGCUUCCGUCCAUGAAGCUUGGGUUGGAUCGAAGAACCGGUUUGAAAUGGUUCCUGACAUCUUGGAAGUCCGAAAAUGAUCCAGCACCGGGCAGUUGUUCUUACAGGUUUGAAUCACCAGGGUACCGACAGUUGUUCACUUACAAGGAUCGAGCUCCGUAUUACCGCGGUGGACCAAUAAUUUGGAAACCACAUGGUAGCGUUCCCUCAAUGCCUGACAAUUUCAAUUACAAUGUCACAAUUGUGAAUAAUGCGACAGAGGUUUCUUUUAUGUUGGACACAUGGGUUGUGUCUAGGCAUGUGUUGCACGAGUCAGGGUUACUUUCACACUUCAUAUGGCAUGAUGAAGAGCAGCGGUGGAGCGAGUUUAAUUACUAUCCAAAGGAGCAGUGUGACUACUACAGUAAGUGUGGGCCUAAUGGCAACUGUGGUGCAAACAACGCAGACCAGUCAGACUGCACGUGCCUGCCUGGCUUUGAACCCGAGUCCCCGGGAGAUUGGUACCUAAGGAAUGGAUCAGGUGGGUGCAAGAGGAAGCAAGGUGCGUCAAUGUGUCGAAGAGGGGAAGGUUUCGUGAAGGUGACACGGCUGAAGUUGCCAGACACUUCAACAGCACAUGUCAAUAUGAGCCUGAGCUUGAAGGAGUGUGAGCAGGAAUGCUUGAGGGAUUGCAGCUGCACAGCUUAUUCGAGUGCAGAUGAAAGUGUGGGGGAGCAUGGAUGUCUCAAAUGGCAUGGAAAUUUAGUGGAUACAAGAGCAUUUUCAGACUUGGGUCAAGAUUUAUAUGUGCGGGUCGAUGCAAUGGACUUAGCUCGCCAAAGGAAACGGAGUACUCUUGUCAAGAAGGCGAUCGUGGCAACAGUAUCUGCACUAGUAUUACUGCUCUUAGGCUCCCUUAUGUACUGCCUUCUGUUCAAGAGGAAAAGAGAUAGAAGAGGGAAUAAUCAUCUUGUUCGUGUUACCACAAGCUCAACAUAUUUCGAUGAACUCCUGGGUCUCAAAGACCUCGACAGCAAAGGUAGACGAAAAACAGAUCUACCAUUCUUUGAUUUUGAAACUGUAGCUGCUGCCACAAGAAAUUUUUCCUCCAUCAAUGAGCUUGGCCAAGGCGGUUUUGGUUCUGUAUAUAAGGGUGUGAUGGAUAACGGAACAGAAAUAGCAGUUAAAAGACUCUCGAAAUAUUCUAGACAAGGAAAUGAAGAGUUCAAGAAUGAAGUCAGGUUGAUUGCCAAACUCCAACACCGGAAUCUGGUGAAAAUCUUAGGUUGCUGCAUUGAAGAAGACGAGAAACUGUUGAUUUAUGAGUAUUUGCCCAAUAAAAGCUUGGAUUCAUUCCUUUUUGAUGAAACAAAGAAAUCACUUCUGGAUUGGGAAAAAAGGUUUGAAAUCGCUUAUGGGGUAGCUCGAGGACUCAUGUAUCUACACCAGGAUUCAACGUUGAGGAUAAUCCACAGAGAUUUGAAAGCUAGCAAUGUCUUACUGGACGAUGCAUUGUACCCAAAGAUUUCAGAUUUUGGGAUAGCGAGGAUAUGCAGAGGAGACCAAAUUGAAGGAAAAACGAAGCGUGUGAUGGGUACAUACGGGUACAUGGCACCAGAGUAUGCAAUGCAAGGCCGGUUUUCAGUAAAAUCAGAUGUGUACAGCUAUGGAGUUUUGUUGUUAGAAAUCAUUACAGGCCAAAGAAAUAGUGGGUGCUGUCAUAUUAACCCCUUUAGCAGUCUAAUUGGCCAUGUAUGGCAGCUGUGGAAAGAAGGAAAAUGCAUGGACAUUGUCGACAAAUCAAUGGACAAGACAUAUUCUGAGGAAAUGGCAUCGAGGUGCACUCAAAUCGGUCUUUUGUGCGUGCAAAGAUCUGCAUCGGACAGACCGACUAUGUCCACGGUGGUUUUCAUGUUGGGGAACGCCGAUGUGGUACUUCCAUCCCCGAAACAGCCUGCGUUCAUUGAUGAGAGUGACUACAAUGGAGAUAUUCAGUCAGCAAGCAACAGAACAUGUUCUGUUAAUGGAGUUACAGUUACUGUUGUUGAAGCUCGCUAGUC